AUGGCAGGGGAGCCCUUGUCCGAGUCCGAUGGCGCCUUUUACGCGUUUGCAGGCGUCAUGCUCGCGCUAUACGUGUUACCCGCCACAAUCUUUACAGUAUACUGCGCUUUACGCAUGCCCCAAAAGCUCCGAUCGCUUGGUUUCGCGCUGCAUCUUGCUUUGCUAACUGUGGCCUGCGGUCUGUUGUGGCGCACUCUUUCGGCUUUGCAAAGCGUGGACACCUCGGGAGUAUUUGACCCAUAUGAGAUACUAGGUGUUAGCGAAUCGACGUCCAUAACCAAGAUCAAAAAAGCCUUUCGUGUGCUAGGGCGGCAGCUGCAUCCUGACAAAAACCUAGACAAUCCUCUGGCCGCUUCUCAAUUUGCGCGCCUCACCAAAGCGUACGAAGCACUUACUGACCCAGAAGGCAUCGAGAACUUUCGUAGGUAUGGACACCCUGAUGGCCCUCAGUCCAUGCUCAUGGGCGUGGCCUUUGCCUCCAUGUUUAGUGGCAACAAUGGCAACACCGGUUCCAUCUUCGCGUUUGUGUAUUUCGGCUUGAUCUUCGCGAGUCUUGGGUAUUUCUUGUACUGGUUGCAGAAGCGAUCAGGCCGUCGUGACCGCACGCGCGUUUCACGUUCUACAUAUGCAACCUUUGUCGAAAUUUUGGCAGACAAGAUGAGUGUGCACGAUGUAGUAGAACUUCUCUUGUCCUGUGAUGAAAUGGCUGGUUCUGCAGCAGGUAUUUUGGACGAUGCACUCAAUGAAGCGCAGCUUCGUGCCAAGACACAUGACAAGUUUGCAAAGAAGAUGGAAGCCGCUAAGGCACUAUCAAGUGAGGUCACCACUCGCAUACGAAAGCACCCGAACCCAGUAGCGCGAGAGAAUAUGCUAGCGCUGUAUCAAUAUUUGCUUCGAGACAAGCUGCGCAAUGUGUCACGUCCGUCGUGGGUGGAUCAGCGAUUCCAGAAAGUAUUACUUGAGCUGCCAUUUCUUGUGGAUAUCUUUGCGACAAUGGCAGCUGAGCAGCUGGUGAAGCGGGCAUACUCUGCCAUUCCAUUGUUGCGUGCCCUGUCAUUGCAAUCGAGUUUGGCUCAAGGAAGCCUCGUCCCAGAUGAGGCCACAUUGCGUGCUCAGAAGGAACGUGUUGUAGAUGCGAAAGUUAAACUUCCCAUACUGCAUUUGGAAGGCACAACGAUGGCAGUCCUGGACGAGUCGACCAUUCAGCCUGGAGACUGGCUCACACUGCAGAUGACUUUACAGCGUCGACACCUGGAAUCAAAUGAAAAAGCACCACUUGCCACUACACUUUACGACCACGUUGAUGCGAAGAGCCCGUUUCGCAAGGAACAUGUGUGGUUUCUUGUUAUAGAUAAGCAAUCUGGCCGUCUGUAUUCGGCUUGGAAGUGUGUGGAUCUCUCGCAGCAAGUUGUACAAAAACAAGGCUUUUUGGGCCCAGAAACACCUGGCAAGUACGAGUUUGAGGUGCGUGCGGAGUGCCCGGUAUACUUUGGCGUGCAGACGAAAGUUGGUCUUUCUUUUUCUGUGGAGAACCGUUGA